CCGGGGCAGCGCUGUGCCGGUGCCGAUGUUGGCAGCGCUCGGGAGGGUCUUCGUGGCUCCAGCGCCGGCCCGCUGGCUCCUUCUUCGCAGCGUGCCCGCGGCCCCGGGAGCCUUCGCCACGGCCCACGUUACCAUGGCCACCCACUUCUCCACGGAUCAGGAGGAGAGAAUCAAGUCAGUGAAGGGAGACCUCUUCUCGUGCCCGGGCACGGCGGCCCUGGCGCACUGCAUCAGCGAGGACUGCCGCAUGGGCGCCGGCAUCGCCCUGCUCUUCAAGAAGAGGUUCGGAGGCGUGCAGGAGCUGCUGGAGCAGAAGAAGAGGACAGGGGAGGUGGCCGUGCUGCAGAGGGAGCAGCGAUACAUCUACUACCUGAUCACAAAGAAGAAGGUUUCUCACAAGCCAACAUAUGACAGCAUGAGGCAGAGUCUAGAGGCCAUGAAGGCUCACUGCCUGAACAAUGGAGUCACUGACAUUUGCAUGCCCAGGAUUGGAUGUGGACUUGAUGGCCUGGAGUGGAGCAAAGUCUCAGCAAUCCUGGGGGAGGUGUUUGAGGGCACAGACAUCAACAUCACAGUGUACACUCUGUGAGGCAGGGAGCUGGCACAGCCUCCCCUGCCCUGCUGCCAGGA